ACCGGCUAAAAGCGAACGGGGCUCAGGCAUCGCUGCGCCUCCGUUAAACGCCUUUAAGGAGAGAACCACUGCGGACUCUGUUUCCGACCGAAGCCAGGCUUUGCUCUGUCUUCCCCGCCGCGGCGCCAGGACGGACCCCUUAGGACCCGGCGGGCGGACGGGCGGGGCGAGGCGGGGCGCGCGGGGCGGGGCGGGGACGGUGGGAGGGUCGUGUAGACCCGGCUCGGACGGCGCGACGGCGGCGCGGGGUGCUCAGAACGCGUGUGGGCGGCCCGGGCGGCGUCCUACCCUCUCUCCAUCUUCGCGCGUCGCGCCCCGGCCCAGGGAUGCUGCUGCGGCCCCGCAGGCCGCCCCCGCUCGCGCCCCCCGCGCCGCCGUCGCCCGCCAGCCCCGACCCCGAGCCGCGGCCUCCCGGAGACGUCCCAGGGACCCCGCCCCGGAGGCCCGCCUCGCCCAGCGCGCUGGGGGAACUCGGGUUGCCAGUGUCCCCGGGCUCGGCGCAGCGCACGCCCUGGAGCGCCCAGGAGACGGAGCUCCUGCUGGGGACGCUGCUGCAACCGGCCGUGUGGCGCGCGCUGCUCCUGGACCGCCGCCAGGCCCUGCCCACCUACCGCCGCGUGUCGGCCGCGCUGGCCCGGCAGCAGGUGCGCCGCACCCCCGCGCAGUGUCGCCGCCGCUACAAGUUCCUCAAGGACAAGUUUCGCGAGGCGCACGGCCAGCCGCCCGGGCCCUUCGACGAGCAGAUCCGGAAGCUCAUGGGGCUGCUGGGCGACAACGGGCGCAAACGGCCCCGCCGCCGCUCCCCCGGGUCCGGGCGCCCCCAGCGCGGCCGCCGCCCGGCCCCCAACGCGCACGCGCCAGCUCAGGCCGAACCAGACGCCACUCCGCUGCCCACCGCCCGCGACCCCGACGCGGACCCCGCCUGGACGCUCCGCUUCAGCCCGUCCCCGCCGAAGUCUACCGACACCUCCCGCGCCCCCAGAUCCCCGCCAGCCCCCGCCCCGACCGCUCUCGCCACCUGCAUCCCCGAGGACCGCACGCCCGUCCGCGGUCCGGGUUCCCCGCCGCCGCCCCUGGCCCGUGAAGACCCCGACUCGCCGCCCGGCCGCCCCGAGGACUGCGCGCCCCCUCCGGCCGCGCCCCCGUCGCUGAACACCGCCCUGCUGCAGACCCUGGGGCACCUGGGCGACAUCGCGAACAUCCUGGGCCCGCUGCGCGACCAGCUGCUGACCUUGAACCAGCACGUGGAGCAGCUGCGCGGCGCCUUCGACCAGACGGUGUCCCUGGCCGUGGGCUUCAUUCUGGGCAGCGCGGCCGCCGAGCGAGGGGUCCUCAGGGACCCGUGCCAGUGAGUCCCGGCUGCGGCCAGCCUCCCCUUCCCAGGCCGAGGCCCCUCCGCCCUGCCCCCUCCUGCUGCCUUCCCACCCCCGCUCCUGGGUCCGUUCAAUAAAAAGAUUGUUUUCCUAG